AUGGGCUCUGAAUGCUCAAGGCAUUCGAACCAAACCGAGCUGCGGGAUGAGCGAUUUUGCAGCAAGCGUAGGCAGGUGUUAGAUGCAACACUUGCGCAAGCUCCACGCCCACCAUCCUUUGUAAAUUUGUCGAAUGACUAUCGUUGUUGCUGUGGUGCAGUGGGACCAGGUGGACUUAGAUUUGCAGAACCGCCCAAUAGGGGCAGCACCACGGGUCCACCCCGCGAUCACCGGCCUGGUAUCACGGGGAACCGUCGGUCAGAAAGACCCGGUAAUUUGGGGCAAGUGUCUUCCCUUUAUCCGGCCGUGGAGCCACACAGGGGGUUACCCUCACGUGACCAGCCUAAAUCCACUCUGUUCCCGCAGUCGUGUCCGAAGGCUUCCACAUCAAAGGUCAAUACUCAUGUGCGUGCGCGAUCUGAGCCCCACACACGCGGUGGCCGAAGAGCAGGGUCGAAAAUAUCAGUGGCAAAUGCCUCAGGGAGCAGAUCGAAAAGGUCAAAACUGACGUCAUAUGUUGAUGAUAAUGAAAACGUACAGGGGGUGCACGAAUUUCGAAAGAAAUUAAUUUUUCUCUCUCUGGAGGAAGAAAAGGAGCGCUUGCAGAUCUCAAACGAGAGAUUAACUGGGUUCUGUAACAUGGAAGAUAUUUUUGUGCGUUCCAUGAAGGGCACACCCCAUUGCAGCGCCGAACUAAAGUUGUUUUCGUUGCAGGGGAGGAGGAGAGAAUUCAUACGGGAGCAGGAGCACAAUGAAUGGAGACAGCUUUUGUUUUCGGUUAACCAAACACUACUCAAUAGUUCUUUGGACGGUAAAGCGAAGGGAUUUGCUUACUCCCAUCUAGAUGAAAAUUCACUGUAUUGGCCGUCGCCAACUUCGGAACGCGGAUGUAUUAGACGACCCUUCACCGCAGCUGAGCUGAAUCAACUGGCCAGAUCAAACUCUGAAACGGAUUUUUACGUAUCCAGCGACGGAUUGAAGAAACCGACAUCUCACGCUACUAAGAUGUGUGCGUUGUGUGAAGUUGCUCUGAAGAAUGUACUAAGUGAAGACAUUAUAGAUAUUGAUAGAAUAAAUAGAAAGAUAGCGCGACAAAUUUAUCUGCUAAAUGAAAUUUCUUCUUAUUGCAGCCCGACAGACUCUGGCUCUUCUGCCUGCAGCAAGGAACGGGUUGCAGGUAUGUGUCCUUUAACUACCAACGAUAAUCUACAGUCGGUGGCGUGCCGUCCCCUUCGCUUACCGCCUCGUGCCUCCACAACCACAUGCACAUCGUACCCAGUGGGGCACUCAUGUUGUGGGUCGGUAAGUUCCACAUCAAAAGGGUUGCCGGACUAUUUAAGAAAAGAGUGUAACUUCGCUACAAGAAAAAGACUAGUAUCGCUUCUACAAGAGUAA